CACCCCCAUGGUUUUAUCGCGAAGCGCAUGUGUCACGCUAGCCUCCGCUGUCACGUGACUCUGCUCUAGGACGUUGUCUAUCUUUUGACACAAAUAUUGAACGAUGCGAUCAUUCGUCGAACUCGACAAUUGCGGGAACAGGAGCUGAUCUGUGUUGGACCAGAGAAUGUGGAAAGUUGUGUGGGCAACACUGCUGCUCCUGGCCACUGUGUGUGCCCAGAGAGGCUAUGCCAAGGAGACCAAGGGAGCGCCGAAGGUGGGGCACGUGUCAGUGGUCAUAGUGGGAGGUACAGGUGACUUGGCUAAGAAGUACCUGUGGCAGGGCUUCUUCCAUCUGUACGCUAACCAGGUGAGUAGCGGCUAUAGCUUCUCCUUUCAUGGCGGAGGCCUGUUGCCCAAGGAUAAGGCCACGCCGUUCCUGUUUGAGGCGCUAAAGGGAGUGGUCUGCCCUCGGGAGCUGUCUGUGGAGCGCUGUGCCCUGGUGAAGGAGCAGUUUCUGAAGCUGGCAGAGUACUGGCAGCUGAAGACUUCAGAGGACUACCAGGCCCUGGGCAAACACCUGACAGAGCAGCUGACGCAGGAGGGCAUAGUGGAGGCCGGCAGGCUAUUCUACCUGUCAGUGCCAGCCUUCGCUUAUGCGGACAUUGCAGAAAGGAUCAACAACAGCUGCAGACCGACCAACGGGGCGUGGUUGAGGGUGGUGCUGGAGAAGCCGUUUGGCCAUGAUUUCAGUAGUGCCCAACUACUGUCCACUCAACUGGGUACCUCCCUCAAGGAUGAGGAGAUGUACAGGAUCGACCACUAUUUAGGGAAGCAGGUUGUCUCUAAGAUUUUGCCAUUCAGAAGGGAGAACAGUAAGCACCUGGAUCCUAUCUGGAACAAGCACCACAUUGAGAGAGUGGAGAUUGUACUGAAGGAGACCCUGGAUGCCAGAGGUCGUAUUCCCUUCUAUGACCAGUACGGUGUGAUCAGAGACGUGAUACAGAACCACCUGACUGAGGUCAUGACCCUUCUGACCAUGGGGCUCCCAGCCAACUUGAGCGACGUGAAGGAGGUCCUCAGGAACAAGCUGAAGAUCUUCAGUGCCUUGCAGCACCUGGACAGGAACUGUGCUACCAUUGGUCAGUACCAGAACUACAAUCUAGAGGUACAGGAAGAACUGAACAAAACAAAGGAGUAUUACAGCCUCACCCCCACCUUUGCUGGUAUCAUGGUGCAUAUUGACAUAGCCCAGUAUGAGAAAAUGCCAAUCAUCCUGACCUCAGGGAAGAUGCUGGAUGAGCGCUUAGGCUAUGCUCGCAUUUUGUUCAAGAAUGACAUCUUCUGUGUCCAGAGUCAUAACAGCGUCCACUGCAAGCCUAAGCAGAUUGUGUUCUACUUUGGCCACGGCACUCUGCAGUACCCAGCCAUUCUUGUGAGUAAGAACUUGUUCAAGCCAGACCUGAUGGACACUGAGUGGAAGGAGAUAACGGAACACAAAGAUGUCAGUGUAUUAGGUAUGCCCAUCUCUGACUACUAUGUGCUGACACCAACGGUGCAGAGAGAAGCUUACGCAGAACUAAUUUCGCACAUCUUCCAAGGCCGGAAGGACAGCUUUAUCAGUACUGAGAACCUGCUGGCCUCCUGGGGUUUCUGGACUCCUCUCCUGCACGGUCUGGCCAAAACCUCCCCCCGCCUGUACCCUGGGGGAGCGGACAAUGGCAACAUGCUGGACUUCAAACUGUUGGGACGGGAGGUGAACUUCGCCAACGAGGCUGUUGUCAUGAUCCCCCAAGACCACAUGGGCGGGUCUGGUGCGGAGAGCUUCCAAGUGAUGCAGGGGAAGUACCGCAGUGCUGAAAUGGUGUCUGCCUGGCCCGAGGAGCUCAUCGUGCGGCUGGCCGCAGACCUGCAGGCUUCAGCGGAGAAAGCGGUAAGGGAGGGCGGCCGCUUCCACCUGGCCCUCUCCGGGGGCUCCAGUCCCCUAGCUCUGUUCCAGAGGCUGGCCCGCCACCACUACUCCUUCCCCUGGAGGGACACCCACGUUUGGAUGGUGGACGAGCGAUGCGUGCCUCUCACAGAGUUUGACUCCAACUUCCGCACCCUGCACGACCACCUGCUCCAACACGUGAAGAUGCCCUAUUUCAACAUCCACCCCAUGCCUGUGCAGAUGAACCAGCGGCUGUGUGUGGAGGAGGAUAGUGGAGCGCUGCUCUAUGAGAGAGACAUCAACCAGCUGGUUAAUGCCUCCAGCUUCCACUUUGUCCUUCUAGGAGUGGGCUACGACGGACAUACCGCCUCCCUCUUCCCAGGCAGCAAGCUUGACGCCCAUGGGGACAGUCUGGUAGCCCUCACCGAGAGCCCAGCCAAGCCUCACCAGCGUAUGAGCCUCACCCUCAGGGCUAUCAACCAGGCCCAGAAAGUAGGUGUGCUGGUGAUGGGUAAGAGCAAACAUGAGCUGGUCACCCAGCUCAGCCGAGUUAAGGACAACCCAAACAAGUGGCCCAUCACUGGUAUCCGGCCGACCAGUGGCAGGCUAGUAUGGUACAUAGACUAUGAUGCUCUUUUAGGAUAGCAAACAGCUGCUUUUGGCUCUGUGAUACUGUAGCAAUGAAACAAUGUACAUUUAAUUGGAAAUGAAUGAUUUGCUGUAAUUUUACUAUUUUGCUGUAUUUUGACCAAGAAUGUAAAGUAAUGAUGAAGGUUCUGUUGAUUCUGGGCACCUUAAAGUAUGGAAGUACAUAUGGUAUACUGGCAUAUUUUAUUUUUCAAUAUACUGUGUGUGUGUGUGUGUGUGUGUGUGUGUGUGUGUGUGUGUGUGUGUGUGUGUGUGUGUGUGUGUGUGUGUGUGUGUGUGUGUGUGUGUGUGUGUGUGUGUGUGUGUGUGUGUGUGUGUGUGUGUGUGUGUGUGUGUGUUUACCAAAUGGACAUCUCAGGAAAGCCAAGUGGAUAUGGAAGUUUGUUCGUCUUUAAUCAUUACUCAUGAUCUGAAUAACUAUUAUAUUUAGUUGUAAAAACAGUAUACAUUUCACAUAAAGCUACCCAUUCCACACUGAACCAGCAUAGAAUAGUAUUGUUGAAAGGGGACUUUAAAACUGUGAAAGACCAACAAUUUUGGUUCAAAUUUCAUUCAAUCAAAUAUGCCCCUAUGGUAAAUGGAUUUGAACCUUUUGCUCCUAUGGUUGACAGAUAAUGUAGUCUAUAGCCAUGUAUCAUUGUAUUUGUGCCUCAAUGCCAAUUUGAAAUCAAAAUGCAUAAUGUACUGUCCAGUACAUUUUAAAUGACAUAAAAAAGCAUAUUAUGAUCCAUUGCUGCCUUUGUUUUAAUCUAUGCUUGUGGAUAAAAAAAUAAAAUAAAAACUCAAUUAUCUCAUUAUUUGAUAUCUAUGUGAAAUGUACAAUUUCCACAGCCUUUGACCCCUAAUGUGUGUAUUCUCCCCUAUGAGCUAGCCCAGUAGUUCCUAAUACUUCCUCUUUUAAAGACAUGCUCCGGUACUUUGGCGACUUAGAAAUGCUUUUUUUUUUUUAAACCUCUCGCUUUGGGCUGUAUGUGUCAAUCUGUAGAUAGCCACAAAAUCUCUAGUUUGAAAGUGAUUGUUUUCUUGAACCUGUGCAGUGCUAUUUUCCCUACAUUUCCCCCUCUUGGGCCAGCCCCGUAGCAAUUUGAGUCCUAGCCAAUGAGCUUCAGCCCCUCACAUUUGAGUGACAGCUAGCAAGAGGCCUGGCCGGCAUUAUCCAAUGAGGUUGCAGGGUGGGCCCAACUUCUCAGUGGACACAGCAGAGAAAGAGAGAAUGAGCAAUGACGUGGUGCACAUGUGUUAUGUUGUAUGCAAUUUCCGGGAACCACUUUUGGCUCAUGAGUGCUACUUUCAGAACUACUGGCUAAAUGUAUACAAAAGCAUCAGAGAAUCUCUUCAUGUGAGUGAAAUGGUGCUUACAAGAUGUCGUACAAGUACAGUGAAAUGCUUAAGUACGUUGUGAUCUUCCAAAACAAAAGUACUUUUUUUUUCGUUAUACUGUGAGUCUACUCGUUUGAGACGCCCUUCACUGGCAUUCACACAGAUCUGCUCACUGCACAACAUUUGAUUUGAAAGUGUGUAACUAACUUGAUUUCAUAGAUGUUUUAUUUGUGGAUUGAAUUAGGAGUUCCUCUUACGUAAAGGGCCUUUUUUUUAGGAUAUUGAAAUGGAUUUCAAAGUGGGUUGAUGAAGUUUAGUUCAACCGCUUCACUGCGUUGCCUUAAUUCAUUUUACGGACAGGUGUAUGUUAAUAUAUAUGUAUUAGCUGAAGGUUAUUUUGCCUGGGAAAAAUAUGUAAUUAGGUUUCACUUUGAUGUUUGCACAUACAAAUGUUAUAGCACCUGAUUAUUCUGAUUGCUGUAAGUGAAAGUGUGGUUUGUUCCUUAUCACUCUGAGGUUCAAACAGUAUGAAUAAAUGAUUUACAAUUUAUUUUUAUACAUAUGGGGACCUAAACACCAUUUUUCUACAUACUGUACACACAUGGAAUUAAUGUAACAGUUAAUCACUGUUUUACCACAAGGAAAUAAACUACAGCUUUCACAACC